UUCAUUGUAGGUUCAGAACCAAAUGCUACACAUGGGUUCACAUGUGGGGCUUUGUGUGAUUUGAACUGGAGGAACGAGUUGGAUCACCACUGAAAGAGAGCUUAGAGAACACAAAAAAAGAUGAACGAAGGUGCAAAAGUGGCUUAAGAGGCGAGAAAAAGGCUUUCUCCGAGUUUCUUUUAGAAAUCUCAUUGAAAACAUCCUCUUACUGGACAUCAUGUUGGCUUAAUCAUAUUUCCAAAUCAGUGCGAGGUCAUCCUGGAGGUCAGCUCUUUAGGGAGUUUCCUCUGCAUCCACGUACCUCCCAGCUGCUGUGAAAUACAGAGAAACAGGAAGCCAUGUGGUUUGAUCAUCUGUAGCACGAGUGUGAGUCAGAAGGACCGAGAAGUUCAAGAGGGAUGAGAUCAGAGGAGGACAAGUAAAUUCUCAGGCGGAAAAAACACAGGUCUCUUCACGUCCCCUCGGUGUUUUGUAAUCAAUGGCAACCUCGGUCCAAACUCUCCCUCUGACGCGUGGCCCCGACCAAAACUUCCGCAGCCCUUUCCCCGCCGCUCCGCUCUGCGGAAUGGGAAGCGUAGGCAGCCUGGUGGAGAAACCAGAUGUGUCUCCGACUAAAGGGAACCGCGCCGUGCCUCAGGUCAGACCCAGACAGACCAACGGCCUCCUGAAGAAACCCCUCACUCAGAGAGAGCUUCUGAACUACUUCAACAUCACCAGAAAAGAUCCCAAAGCGGGUUCGAGCAGCGACGGCAAGAGGGACAUUAUCGGAGGUCGGGACGAGGAGGAGGUUUUCGCCAAAGUCUACAGUAAAGAUGGCACCGAAAUAGACCUGACCAAAAACUCACUGCCGAGUGGGGGCAAGUAUGAAAAGAUCCGGUUCAGGUCUUCUGCAUUCAAGCCCGUCACGCCCAAAAACUUCAGCUCAAUGCAAAACCUCUAUCCUUCUUCCAAGUUGGAGGAUAUGGAUCACGGCCUUUCCAACGGAUUGCACAGAGCGUACGGUCACGUCUCUAAAACCGUCUCCACCUCCUCUUCAUCUUCCUCACCUUCCCGUCAUGGAGGACCCACAUCAUGUGGUAACAAGGCCGUCUCAUCGGUGCAAGUGAUGAGCCACGAGGAUGAUAACCUCUCUGACUCGGGUCACAACUCCAUGAGCAGCCUGCCGCCGUACCGCCCUCCCUUCCGCCCACAUUUGUCUCAGAUCAGUGCGUCCAUGGGCCACAUUAACACCAUUGGCUCCUUGGAUCGAACGCCUCAGGGCCUGAAGGCGGCAGGGGGCGUGGCUAUGGGGGAGGUAGCAUGUCGUAGCAUGGCCACUCUGAACCGUCUGACUCCCUAUGGCAGCGAGCCUCCGCCUCCUUACGAAUGGACGCUCUCCCUGUCAGUGGAAGACGUGGUGCGCGAUCUGGAGGAGCGUCUGGUGGAAAAAGAACACGAGCUGAAACAGAUGAGAAGGAACUUGGAUGAAAGCGAGGGCGCCAUCGCUCAGGUGUUUGAAGGGAAACAGCGUCUGUGGGAGAAGGAGGUGGAUGAGCUGAAGCGGCUGUACGCCGCUAAGCUGCGACACGUCUCCCAGCACACCCAGCGGUCUCAGCGCAGUUUGCAGCUGGAGCUGUUUAAGGCUCAGCAGGAGAAGAGCCGCCUGCAGGCGGAGCUGGACAGCCUGAGAAAGGAAAUGAGCCGAGACGUCGCAGCCGGACCGCAGCCGACCAGUCCGACACUGGAGGAGACCCGGUGGGAGGUGUGUCAGAAAUCGGGGGAGAUCUCGUUGCUGAAGCAGCAGCUCAGAGACUCACAGGCAGAAGUGACCCAGAAGCUGAGUGAGAUCUUCAAGCUGAAGACACAGCUGAGGGAAACGCGGACGGAGCUGCGCAACAGGGAGGCCCAGAUAGAUGCUCUGAAGCUCCUGCUGCAGGGGACGAAGCCCGGCAGGUGUUCCUCCGAAGGGGAAAACAAAAAAGAAGCAGAAGAGACUCCAUCAGCGAGACCAGCGGGAGGCCCCACAGAGGAGCGUCUGCGAGCAGAGCUGCUACUGGAGCGUCGCCAGAGCGAAGCCCAGGCCACGGCCUUCGAGGAGGAGAGGCACACAUGGCAGACGGAGAAAGACAAGGUCAUCCGCUACCAGAAGGAGCUGCAGGCCAGCUACUUGGAGAUGUACCACCGCAACGAAGCCCUGGAGAGGGAGCUGCAGCAGCUGAGGGCGGGCCGGGCUCGAGAAGGAAGGGGAGGGGGGAGCAGGGAUGGGACGUUGGAGAGGGAGGCGCCAGAGCCGUCAGCUGAGAGAGCGACAGGAAAACAAGAGGACACACCUUCCUCCAGUCUGCCCUGGAUAGACAGGAUUGAAUCGUCUGAAAUUUGAAUGAGACACACUUGUUUGCAAUGCAAACUGUCUUCACUGACCGAUGGAAGAACGAAAUCAGAUCAAAGUUUAGAGAAAAAACAAACACAAGGCGACAAAUUUGGAAUAAAUCAGAAGACAAAUGGACUCCUCAAAAAGAAAUUUAAUGAAACAGUCAAUGAAAAAUAACUUAACUGCACAAACGGGUGGCUCUCAUUGGACCAAAGAAUAACCUGAUUUAGGUCACUUUUUCACACUGUUGUAAAAUAUGCAUUUGUUGACCUCAAUACAGAUUAAAAUUAGUUACAUUUGGGAACCAAUGAAAUAAAAUGGUUAGAAAAACGAACAAAGUGAAACCUCUGGAAGACAAUCUUUAGAUAGGAUCAUUGUUUUUCCUUUUCUCAUGUAGUUUUUGUAUUUUCAUGCUAGAGAAAUUCUUCUUAGAUUCCUGUCGGACCCUUGAUUGUAUUAUUGCCCUUUUUCUGCAGAUGAUUGGAGCAUCAAUGUUCACUCCACCUCCCGUCUGAGUCAGAGCUCAGCAGAGUAACUGUGAGAUCACAGAAAAGGUGCUGCCUAUACUAAGAAUCCUUCAAAUCAGCUUAUUUGUCACUUUUUUCAAACUGAUAUAUUAGAGGAUCUUAAAAAUAAACACAGGGUCUGUUUAUGGAGCUCUUGUACUUGUUGACGUGGGAUCAGCUGGACUGGUUUGUUGGAAGCUAAAGCUUUACCAGAGAGCUAGAGUUUGGUCAGUUCCCUCAAUCAGAAUGCAACUUUAGAUAGAAAAUGAGCCCAAAGGAUAAUUGUUUGUCUUCAGCUGAUAGAAUGAAAUUGAAGUCAUUUUCUGACAGAUACCAGGAAGACUUUUCUCUCCCUUCCAGCUUUUUAUCUUCCAUCAUAGAGCUCGGUGGAUGCAGAAAUGUUGGCUGCACUUUAACAAAUCUUAGAAUCAGGCAUCGAUUUUUCAGGGCUGCAAUGUUUAAACUGAGGUUCUCCUCCUCGGGUAGACAAACUCUAAAAAAUAAUACUCUCAUUAUAUGCAAACUACAAGGAAAUUAGUGAAGGGUCUGGAAUGUAGAGCCCAAAUCUUUAUUCUAACGCAUCUAUAUUUGGAAGAACCAUUUCUGAGUGAGAUUCAGGUUAAGGCUACAAAUGAGCUCGUUGUUACUCUGACUAUCACUUGGUUUAUAUGCACGGCAGCCAUGUUGGAUUCUAAAGUCAGAGUUUGUCGCGAACCUGGCUACUGGAUGAGGUUUUUGG